AUGCACAUCAAGCAAGUGAUCAUUCGCGGGUUCAAGACCUACAAGGAGCAGACUUCUCUGGACGAGGACUUCUCGCCCGGCACCAACAUCGUGGUGGGCUUUAACGGGUCCGGGAAGUCGAAUUUCUUCCAGGCCAUCUUGUUUGUUCUCUCCGACCAGUUCAGCUCUUUGCGCGCUGAGACACGCAAGGCUCUUCUCCACGAGGGGGCAGGACAGGCGGUGCUCACCGCCUACGUAGAGGUCAUCCUUGACAAUUCGGACCGCCGGAUCCCUGUGGAGGGCGACCAGGUCUCCAUUCGCCGCCUCAUUGGCGUGAAGAAGGACGAUUGGCUCCUGGACGGCAAGCACGCCACGAAGGCAGAGAUCUUCGGCCUGCUCGAAGGUGCUGGCUUUGCGAAGACGAGCCCGUACUACAUAGUGCAGCAGGGAAAGGUCAGCGAGUUGACACUGAUGACCGAUGUGCAGCGGCUGGGGCUUCUGAAGGAUGUCUCUGGAGCAGGGGUCUACGACGAGCGGCGCUCGGAAUCGGUCCGCAUCAUGGAAGACACCGAGAUGCGACGGUCCCGGACGCAGGGCCUCGUCGGGGAGAUCCAGGAGAAGCUCUCCGCCCUCGAGGGCGAGCAGCGCGAGCUCCAGGAGUGCGAGCGCCUGGAGGCCCGCAAGCGGACGCUCGAGUACGUGCUCGCAGACCGGGAGUGGCGGGCGGCGCAGGGGCCCUUGAUGCUGGGCCAGCUUGCCCAGGCCGCCGUGCUGGGGGUGGCCAACCUGGGCGGCGCGUGGUUGGGGAAGUGCCAGCCGCCACCGUGCCCAGCCUCGCCGGCCUGCCCGCCGGCGGGCGCUUGCACGUGCCCGCCAGCGCCGGCGGUCACGUGCCCGCAGGUGAGCGUCACCUGCCCGGCGGUGCCGGCCGUGGAGGCCCGCGCCUGCCCCGAGGCGCCCGCGGCGCCAGCGUGCCCGCCUCCGCCCGCGUGCCCACCGAGCACGUGCCCGGCGGAGGCCGCCGAGGCGCUGGGCCGGCAAGACUGCUGGCCGGAGACGCGAGUGGCGCUGAGCUUCGCGUGCGGGCUCGGCGGCGUGGCGGUGCUGGUCGGCUUCGUCCUGGGUACGUGCUGCGCGAGCUGUCUGGUGAACUACGGGGCCGCGGAGUGGCACUGGAGAAUAGUGCUCGCCGGACUGGUGUCCUCGGACUCCCGGGCCCUCAUCCUGACGCCGGAUGGUGACAUGUACAUUGAGGACUUCAAUGACGCCGUCGCCGUGCGUUGGUUGGGCCCGAACAACGAGGUGCCAGAGGGCGUGCCGCGGAACCUGAUCUAUCACUUCGGUCAGUUCCCGUCGGCGGCGACGCUGCGCAGACUGAUGCAGGAGGGUGCCUACACCGCUGGGCUGGAGGAUCAGCGCCGCGGGUACGGCAUCGCCGUGUGGGGAGCUGGAGGUGCCGCUGGCGCCGCGGGCGGCGCGGCCGCCGGACCGGCCGUGGCCCAGGCGGGUGGGGCUGGCCGCGUGGCGGCAGGAGCGCCCGCCUACGUGCCGGCCCAGCCUCCCGCGCCGGGGGCGCCGGGCGAGGGCGAGGACGACGGGCCGGGCCCGGCGGCGCUCCAGGGCCUCAUGGGGGUCGGCCGCGACUUCCGGCCGCCAGCGCGGCCGACGGUGCAGCCGGUGACGGUCCACACAGUGCGCUGGGUGGCGGCUGAGAGCGUUGAGUUCCCUGGAGGCAGCGUGGGCCGAGGAGAUGACGUGGCGUUCAACGGCUCGGAGAUGGUGUCGGGCCGAAAGGGGGUGAUCGUGCUGAUGGGGGUGUCCGUGCUGAUGGAGGACAUCGGCGACGCGGAUGUGGAGGCCUACAGGUCGAAGGAGGCCCACCACGACGCGAGGUUGCUGAAGUUGCAGAGGGACUCCCGAGGCGACCGACAUCGUCCCUGGCGUGACGUGGCCCGUGAUGUGAGCGCAGUGAAGCAGACGGACUGGCCCGUGCCGGGCCCACAGACGGCAGAGUGGUGCACUAAGUUCCUCGACCGACGGAGUGAGGGGCCCGUGGGCUGGGAUCGGCGCUGGCGGGCCGACAACAGGCUGUCCAUGGACCAGUGGGGGGUGUCCGAGCACGAGACGCUGGCGAAGAUCCUCGAGCGCUUGGGGACCCACGACCAGUGCGACGUUGUGAACCUAGCGGCGGCGGAGGACAUCGUGCGGCGGAUGCAGCUCAUCGAGUACUUCUACUACGAGGUCCAUCGGCAGUCGGACUCCGGCAAGCAGCAGGACAAGAAGGGCGGCAAGGGUGCGCGCCUCGAGGAGAUGGCUGUCUUCUCGGGGAAGCAUCGUGAGUACGGCGAGGUGAUGGUGGCGCCCGAGCUGCUGACCUACGUCGCCUCCGAGCUGGAGCGGGACUCUGGCAUCAUGAAGCAGAUGAGGAAAGCCCGCGAGGAGCGCAGCUUGGGGAUGAUCCAGGCUGCGGUAGCUGAGCUCGGACGGCCGCCCGCCGACCUGACUCGCCAGGGAGCCCUCGCGGAGCUCCUGGCCAAGCGCAGCUACACCGGCGAGAAGGCGGCGGCGCGGGUGGCCGAGUCGGCCUUGAAGCGCCCAUACUACGAUCCUUCGCUGCAGGGGAGGCCGCGCCGGUAUGCGCGACUCCUUGCGGCCCUCGACGGCGCAGGAAUGCUCGAGUGGAGGCGGCAUGGAUCGCCCCGGGUAGGCCUGUUUACUGUUUGGAAAAAGAACGGCAACCAAAGAUUGAUUGUGGACGCGCGUUUAUCCAACUUGUGUUUCGCCUCUCCUGAUCCGGUCGACCUGGCCACUGGCGGAUCGUUCGCGCCCCUCGAGGUUGACCCGGGGCCCCCAGUGUGCCUCGCCCAGGUCGACAUCCAGGAUGCCUUUUACCACCUCCUCCUCCCUCCUGAGCUCGUCCCCUUAUUCUGUCUCCGCCCUGUCACGGCCGGACUCGCUGGAGUCUCUGAGCUCGACGGCGCCGCUGUCUCUCCGACCCAGCUCGUGUACCCCCACCUGCGCGUUGUGCCGAUGGGUUGGAACCAUGCUCUGUGGUGGUGCCAGCGAAUUCACGAAUGUCAUGCCUUUCGGCAGCCCGGCGUGUUCCUCUCAAACAAGCUCUCGGAUAAGAAGCCCGGGGUGCGCCUGGGCCGCUCGGGGUUUGCUCACACGGAAUACGUGGACAACUUCGCGGCCAUCGGGCGUCAGGCCAGUGAGGUCGAUGCCGUGGCCGAUUCCGUUCUAGACGCCCUGACCACCGCGGGGCUCUGCAUGCAUCCUCGUGAGAGCUCGGUUGGCGGGUCCGUCUUGGGUUGGGAGUUUAGUGACGAGUGCCCUCAGGAGCUGAACUUAGCCGCGGCGGCCGGUCUGGACGACCUGGAUCGUGUCGGGACGGCUCGGCACCUGGAAGCCCUCGGCGAGGCGGAUCGGAGUGGGGCCGUCGCGGAGAUCGGGCCCGAAAUCCUUGAGGGAUCCUGGGCCACCAUUUCGGCCGGCCGCUGGAUGCGACGGGAGGCGAUGCCCAUCUUGGAAGGGCGCGCUCUGGUCUGGGGGGUCCGACAUGCGAGCCGGGGUUUAAGCGAGUUUGGCAAGCGGAUUUUGUUUCUGACCGACGGGAUGUCCGAGGUCCUGGCCCUUGAGAAGGGCCGAUCGUCGAGCGUGGCCUUAAUGAGAGUGUCCCGGGCGAAGGCAUCGGCGAGACUCGCCAAGCCUCGGCCCGAGGUGCUGGCCACGAGGGGGGAGCGGGCCGCUGUCCGGCGAGCGAAGUUCCCAGAGGACAAGCGCGUGACAGAUGGCGAGGGCCUCUCGCUGCUCGAGAGGGAGAGCGUGGGCGACCACAACCAGCGGGUCUACCAGUCGGUGCUCGUGGAGUUCAGGGUGUUCUCCAAGACCCUGGGCCUGCGCCUCAAGGCCGCUCAGGACUACGACGAGGCAGCCGUGGAGUGGGCCCACCACGCGUUCUUCGACGGCGGCGACGCCCAGGAGGGGACAAGGCUCAAGGCGGUGCUGCUGUACUACUACCCGCGGCUCCUGUCCGUCGCCGGACUGCCCCGGUUCAGCCGAGCGCUGAAGGGGUGGAGGCGACUGGUGCCGCCUCGGAGCCGGCUGCCGCUGCCAUGGGAGGUCGCCUGCGCGGUGGCAAACAAGCUCGUGGCGAACCAGGACCUGCACGCUGCCCGCCUCAUCAUCGUGAUGUUCGUGUUCUACCUGCGUCCCGUGGAGCUGAUGUCGCUGACCGGGCGGCAAGUGGUGCCGCCGGCGCGGGCGGCAGGUCACGAUGCGUGGUCGCUCGUGCUGUUCCCCAUGGAGGAGGAGACGCCCAGCAAGACCGGCGCUUUCAACGAGAGCGUGCUGGGCGACCUGCCGUUCUACCGCUUCAUCGGCGACGUGCUGAAGCUGCUCAAGGCCGGCGUCGACGACAAGGGUCUCGUGGCCCAGGUGCGGCACGUGCAGCUGGCACAGGCGUUCCGCACGGCGGGCCAGCAGCUGGGCCUCGAGGGCCCACCAGGCCUGUACCAGCUGCGACACGGCGGAGCGUCCGCCGACCUGGCCAGCGGCCGCCGCGGCAUCGCGGAGGUGAAGGCCCGCGGCCGCUGGGCCAGCGACAGCUCGGUGACGAGGUACGGCAAGGGGGGCCGCAUCGCCGACCAGCUGGCCAAGCUGCCGCAGCCGUUCCUCGACCACGCCAUCGCCUGCGCCAAGAAGAUUGGCGACAUCCUCUGCGAGCGCUGCCGGCCUUUGCCGCCCGCGCGGGCGGGGCCGUAG